UUCUUAACAAUUAAUUUGUAUGCUGUUAUUCCCUGGAAAGUCAUCAUUUUGUCUGGAAGAUUCUAGGUGGUAUCAUCACCAUUACAGGAUCAAUGGAAGGGAAUAGCACACCCUCUACUGACUUCACUUUUAUAGGGCUGUUCAACAGAAAAGAAACAUCAGGCCUUCUUUUUGCCAUCAUCACUGUCAUCUUCUUCACCGCACUGAUGGCCAAUGGAGUCAUGAUCCUCCUGAUCCAAACUGAUUUGCGCCUCCACACACCCAUGUACUUUCUCCUCAGCCACCUCUCCUUCAUUGACAUGAUGUACAUCUCCACCAUUGUGCCCAAGAUGCUGAUCGAUUACCUGCUGGGUCAAAGGACCAUUUCCUUUGUGGGGUGCACAGCUCAACACUUUCUCUAUCUCACCCUCGUCGGGGCUGAAUUCUUCCUUCUGGGACUCAUGGCCUAUGACCGCUAUGUGGCCAUCUGCAACCCACUGAGAUACCCUGCCCUCAUGAGCCGCCGGGUCUGUUGGAUGAUCAUAGCAGGUUCCUGGUUUGGGGGCUCUUUGGAUGGCUUCCUCCUAACCCCUAUCACCAUGAGCUUUCCUUUCUGUAAUUCCCGGGAGAUUAACCAUUUCUUCUGUGAGGCACCUGCAGUCCUGAAAUUGGCAUGUGCAGACACAGCUCUCUAUGAGACAGUAAUGUAUGCGUGCUGUGUUUUGAUGCUGCUGAUUCCCUUCUCUGUGGUGAUUGCUUCCUAUGCCCGAAUCCUGAUCACAGUCCACCGCAUGAGCUCAGUGGAGGGUAGGAGGAAGGCAUUUGCCACCUGUUCAUCUCACAUGACUGUGGUGACCUUGUUCUAUGGGGCUGCCAUGUAUACCUACAUGUUACCUCACUCUUACCACACACCUUCCCAAGACAAAGUCCUCUCCAUGUUUUACACCAUCCUCACACCCUUGCUGAACCCCCUCAUCUACAGCCUGAGAAAUAAAGAUGUGACUGGAGCUCUGACAAGGGCACUGGGAAGGUUGAAGGGUUCUCAAAAAGUGUCAGGAAGUGCCUUUUGAAAAUCAGUUCCUUCCUAUGCUGAAGGUAAAUGGGAGACUCUGUGGUCAUUGUGGCCAUGCUGUCCUUGAGGGAAUAAACAGGAAGGAAUGGUUUGAUAUCAUAGUUAUAUAUUAGUUUUCAUCCAUGGUUCCUGGAUCAUCACUCCCAUAUCUCUUGGGGUGCUUUGGGCCUCAGAAAACAGAAUCUCUCUGGCUUUCUCCUGCCAUUUGUUCACUUGCUCCUUUUUCUUCCCAAGGCAGGUCUUGGAAACUAAAAAUAUUCUCUACCCUUUUCCCACUUAGGGUCAUAAAGAAAUUCUUUGACCUACCUUGUCUGAUUAUAGGUCAUAGGUCCCUUAUUUCAGAAGGCCCCAUUUACCAGAGGAAGGAAUGUUACACAGAUAGGCCAAGAAUAAUCUCAACAGACAGGGCCUGCUGGUUUUCCCCACUCGGUCUAUCAUACCCUUCUUGUAUAAUCACAUUUGUACACAGUUGCCUAUUGGUCAAUCAUGCCUAGCUAAUUAAGUCUCCAUGAAAAGCCCAAGAGCAUGAGAUAUAGAAAACUUAUGAACAAUUGAACUUGACACUUGCUGGAAGGUAACCAAGAACUUAUUUGUGUGCCCAGGAGGGUGUCACACUCCAACUCCUUAAGAACAGAAGCUCCUGCAUUUAGAACCCUUCCAGACCUAGCCCCAUGUAUCUUUUCAUGUGACUGCUUAUUUGUAUCCUUGGUAAUAUUCUUUAUAGUAAACUUGAGUCAGUGUUUCCCUGAGUUCUGUGAGCCACUCUAGCAAAUUAAUGAAUCCCAAGGAUUAAUUGGAUAGAUGUGAAAAAAUUUUAAUUUUUCAAUUAAAUACAGGCAGUCCCUGAGUUACAAACAUUCAACUUACAUGUAACUCACAUUUACUAAUAGAGGCUAUUAUAGUAAGUCCCUGGCUUACAAAUACCCAACUGAGGUAUGACUUGUACUUAUGAAUGGGGGCUAUUACAGGUAAUAGGCAAAUGUAACUGUUUUGACUUACAUACAAAUUCAACUUAAGAACAAACCUACAGAACUUAUUUUGUUCAUAAGCCAGGGAGUGUCUAUACUCUGAAAUGUGACUGCUUGGCAAACUGAGUAUUUUAAGAUGACAGUGUACACACGCCUCUUGAGAUUUUCAUAACCCAACAUUUUUAGUGACCAAUAUAAUGUAAAUUCUGACUAGGCUCUUGUUCAUAUGCACUUUGUAACCUCUUGCUUCCUCCCCAAUAUUCCCUGUUCUCACAGCAAUCAUCAACUGCUGUUAUAUUGUCUGUUUAGCAGGAGGAGACAAUUUCAGAGUCAUAAGAAAAAUAUUUUAGUUUGCCUUGUAGAAGAAAUGAAUGCCUUUCAGGAAGUUAGCUGCUGAUUCUGAGAAGUCUGGUUGCUCAACAUGUUAUCUCAGACUAAAUAAACACAUACUUCACUCUCAGUUCUCUGAAAUUCCCUUACUUACCCACUAGCCAGCUCAACAUGUUAUCUCAGACUUAAGAAACACAGAAUUAAUUCUUAGUUCUCUGAAAUUCCCUUACCCACUAGCCAAAAUAUCCCCACUUCAUCUCUUUUGAAAGAUGAAUCUGAUACAUUUUGUUCUCCCAACUUCCUACUUUUGCUGAAUUGAAUAUAUGUUUCACUAGCUCCAGUGUCACAUUUGGCUUCAGCUGCCCAUUGAGUAUUAGAGCCCAAAUUUGGGAUCUGCGAAGGAAGGCACCUCAGGUGCCAGAGAAGGUUUGUGGUGAAUGUCUCAGUGAAACCAGAGUAGAAGGAGAACUUUGGCUGCUUGGCAGCCCCAACUCCUAAUCCUAUCUCCUGCAACUCCCAUGGUGCUGCUUACCUUGCAGCUUUAGAUCUAUGGUUCCUUAGUUUCCAGAGAUACCCUCUGCUCAUGUGGCUCCCGCUCUCUAAUGCCUAUGCCUCUGGAACUUCUCCCCACCUGUGCAGCCCCACCUCUGCAAUUUUUGCAUGGUUGAAGCCUACCCCAAUCCUUGUGGCUCCAUCUGCAUGGUUCCCAUGAUGUGAUCUGACCCUGCAGCCCCACCCAUGCAGCUCGUUCCCAAACUCCAGGCUGAAACACCAGCUCUGAGGCUUCUCCUGGGCUUGGGCCUGUGGUUCCAUCCAUAAGGGCCUCACUGUUGGUUACAGUGCUGCCCCCAGGACCCAAGGCUUUGCUUCUGUGGCUUCUAGUGCUCCUGCAGGGGUAGUGACUCCAGCCUUGAGAUUCCAGUGCUGUGUAUGGUCCCCACAGAACUGCCCUGAGGUCCAACAUUCCACCAGUUAUUCUCCCCAAAUUGAGAUCCCAUUACAACUGAACCUGAGUUAAGGUUCAACCACAGCCAAGAUAUCCAUGACCACUGCCUAGAUAGCUUCACCCAGAUGCCACUGUCAUCUCUGCAGGGAGACUCUUCAGCAUAGAAAUCCCCCAUAGUCUCAGCCUCCAUGGAGAGGGUCUUACCCAGUCCACAACUCAAGCUUUAAAAAACUCUCUGGGGAACAACCCACCACUCCACACAAAAAAUCAGGCAGCAUUGACUUAAACUGUGACAAUCACAGAGGAAUAGGACAAAACAGAAUACCUUCAAUAUACAGGCUGUCAGUGGACCUGUUCAUCCCAUUCAUGGACAACAUAUCAGAGUAGGAAACAAAAGCACCAUCUAGGGACCAACACUUGUUCUCUCUAAGCAGGAGAG